UUGUGACCUUGACGUUCCAUUUCCAAACAUUUCAUUUCAUUUUCGAGUGGAUAUAUACACCGAUAUAUGCUUUGCUAGUGAGGUUCGCUGCAAGGCGCAUAAAUAGGUCCAGAUUGGAACAUGCUCCGAAAAUCAGCCAAGUCGACCGCUUUCUCGACGAUUCGCAUUACGGCUGCAAUUUUUGCAUGUUUUUGGCUCUGGUUCAUUUACCAUCAUUAUCAUCCCUCGUUCAUUGGUAUUUACUAUAAUGUCCAACCAGAUCAGGGCUUGGACGGCGAAUGCGAACCCAAACUUUUCCACGGAAUCGAUGAUAUUCUGGUCGUCUUGCGGACGGGCGCCAGUGAGGCACCUGCGAAACUUCUGAUACAUUUCAACACGACAUUGAGAUGUGCUCCCCAUUUUGCCAUCUUCUCCGACAUGGAGGAGUACAUCGAAGGGCAUUAUAUCCUCAAUGCUCUGGAUGAAGUUAAUCCCGACAUCGUCGCGUCCCAUCCAGACUUCGACUACUAUCGUUUGCUUCUGGAAAAGGGCAGAGCUGGCAUUACUUCCGAGGAGGCCGAGCGUUGGUCAGUGGCCGCAAAUACAAACGCAGGCCGCGAUACUCCGGGUUGGCGAUUGGACAAAUGGAAAUUUCUUCCCAUCGCCGAAAAGUCCCUUGCCCACAGACCCGAUGCAAAGUGGUACUUUUUCAUCGAAGCUGAUAGCUACAUACUAUGGCCUGCUCUUCUAGAGUGGCUUUCGCACUUCGACCAUCUGCAACCCCAUUAUAUAGGCGUCCAAAUGCAGAUUGGCGAGGUCAUCUUUGCGUAUGGUGGCGGCGGCAUUAUCUUGUCCAACGUCGCACUUCGAAAAAUCGUGAAGCAUUGGAGAUCCAACCUAAAACAAUACGAUGAGUACACUGCUGGUCAUUGGGCUGGUGAUUGCAUUCUUGGGAAGGUGGUGGCAGAUGCUGGUGUAGGUCUGCUUUGGGCAUGGCCAAAUCUCUUUGGUGACCAACCUAAGAAUAUGGAUUUCGAUUCCCACUUUGGAGGAUCCGAUAAGAGGCUUUGGUGUUAUCAUGUGUCAUCGUACCAUCACGUCUCACCUCCUGAUGCCGUCGAAUUUAGUGAGUUUGAGCACGGUUGGUAUCGACAGAAUGCAACUCUGUUGCGCCAUAAGGAUGUAUUUUACCACUAUAUUCUACCUCAGCUGCGACCAGAGCGCAUAGAUUGGAACAAUCUCUCAGAGAAUGAUCAGUGGCCGGCGGAGACAUUUCGGAAAUGUCGGGAUUUGUGCGAGAAACAGCCAGACUGUCUCCAGUUCUCAAUAUCAGGGCAAAUAUGCCGAACAUCAAGGACAUUCACGCUGGGUCAUCCUAGUCUAGCACAGACAGGGGAAACAAUGUCCUCUGGAUGGAUCCCGGAGAGAAUAGCUUUAUAUGCCCAGCGCAUGGAUGCUUCAUGCAUGGACCAAGAUUGGAUUGUUCCAUUAAGUCAGGGAUAAUACUAAGUCCAUGCUAGGAUAUCAGGAAUAAAUGUGGGUUUCUCUCUCCAGGGAGGGAUUUGAAUCCACGGCUAGCUCAGCUUAUACAGUAUUCUUCGUCCCGUUUUCAGUGACUCCCUUUCUACUACGGUGGGGAGAGACAUACUAAUAGUAAUUUACGACGGCGAGCAAAUAUUCCAAAAUGAUCGGAUGUAAGUGUCAAGUCCAAGUCAGGCUCACGCUGUUGCUUCCACGGAAUGGUGUAUUGUGUUUGUCCAAGGGAUGUUGGUUCUGACGGUUCAGUUGAUAUUGAUUGAUCUGAGGUUCUAAAUUAUGUGCCGACAAGCAUACCUUCGGGGGCUCGUAAAAGCGAUUUGGCCAAGUAUUUUACAUAGUAAAUUUGUAUAGGAGGUACUUCAAGCUGGCUGCGCUAGCUAGUUCGGCCCCUGAAUUUAGC